AUGUUCGGUCGACAAAUCAUCACUCCACAGCGACUCAGCGCGGCAGGCCGUGGUCUGAGAUGGCAACCCCUUUCAUCAGAAACCCGCCGCUCAUUCACGCCAUCUGCGUUUCGAUAUCCUCGUUUGAGACCAGGCUCUCGAACCUCAACAGUAGUGCGCCACGACCAUGUCCAGCCAGCAGAGAAAGUCCCGACCCGUGUCGAGCCAGAAGAGGCCCCCAAAGCAGACACUAGCAGCACACCACCGAAACAGCCAAGACCACGCAGAAUCCCCCCUCAACUCACGCAACCCCACGACAUCUGGCGCGCUCACUCCAUCCACCUCGAACUGCCGCCAGACGCAUCAACCAUCCCAGUCGACGGAGCCAGCGGCCCCCCAGAGUCCUACUUCUCCAAGACGCCCACCAAACCGAAAGCGCCCCCGGCCCCCGGCACGCUCACCUUUGAGCCGACGCCGACGCCCACCCACGCCCUCGCCUCGAAGCUCCUGACAACCCCGACGCCGACGUUCCUGCACGCCUCGUCGCACCUGCGCAACACGCGGGCCAACUCGGCGCUGCCGGAGAUCGCCAUCAUCGGCGCCUCAAACUGCGGCAAGUCGACGUUUCUCAACGCGGUCGCGCACCGCGCGCACCUGGCGCGCACGUCGGCGCGCGCGGGCCACACGACGACGAUGAACACGUACGGCCUCGGCCCGGCGCCUCCGCCGGCGACGCAGGAAGGAACUCCAAAAGCUGACGAAGGAAUUGUUCUUCAAUUACCCACGGUCCAUGAAAGCAACAUGGGUGGAAUGCUACGGGGCGUCGUCGUGUUGCUGCCGGCCGACAAGGAGGGGCUCGCGCAGCGGGACGCCGAGGUGCUGCGCAUGGUGGCGUCGCUCGGGCGCCGCGUGCUCGUCGUGCUGACCAAGACGGACAAGCUCGUGCGCGCGUACCGCGGGCCCGAGGCCGACGGCGACCUGCACGGGUGGCUGCGCGGGCGCGCGGCCGCCACGGUGCGCGCUGUGAGGAGGGCGUGCCGCGGCGAGAAGGGGACCCUCGUGCCGCGCGUCUAUCUCACGGCCGCCGCCAUGGAGAGGCGGGAGGGUGAGUGGAAAUCAGAGCCCAUGGGCUGCCAUCGCGGCAUGGCGGGUGUGCGUGAAGCCAUCAUGGAGAUGGCCGGCGUGGGGGAGCUGCUGGCGCCAAGUGGAAAAAAGCAAGCGGCCAAGCAUGAUGUGCAUAGUCUCGAGGACGUGCCGGCCGAGAAGCGGUCCGAAACUAGAGAUCCUGAGGCCUGGGGAGGCGAGACGAUUUCUUUUGAGGACUUGGAGAAGAUGUACCGAAAGAAGUAA